UAUUUCCACCCCUUUUUUCCACAGGCUUUUCCCUUAGGGUUCUUCCACUCUUCUCCUUCCUUCCACGAGCGCGAGCAGCGAUCUUUUGCGCUACUCCACUCCUACCGCGUGUGUGUGAUCUUGGGGAUUCCUGGCAAGAAGCCCAGCCCAGGAUCGUUAAAUGCAGGCAAAGAUCUCCGAGCGUUUGCGACUCGGGUUUGGAUUUGGGGCCAUCGACCAUCGCCACGCUCGGCAAAAGGGGGGAUUUGGAUCGAUCGCGGGCGUGGGCGGUGCUCGUUCUUGAUGAUCGGAAAGUGGGUCGCCCCCAAAUCACCGUCCGCGAAAUGGGUCUCGACGAGCAGGAGGAAACGCUGCGCAAGCAUCACCCCGAGGUUCCAUCGCACUUCAAGUGCCCGAUCUCGCUGUGCCUCAUGGCCGAUCCCGUGAGCGUGUGCACGGGCAUCACCUACGAUCGCUCCAGCAUCGAGAAGUGGUUCCAGGAGGGCCGCCGGACGUGCCCCGUGACGAUGCAGGAGCUCCACUCCCACGAGCUCAUCCCCAAUCACACGCUCCAGAGGAUCAUCCACGGCUGGUGCGCCGCGAAUCGAUUCCAGAGUGGCGCACGGGGCGAUCGCGAGCAGCCCAUGGAUCUCCGCGAGGCGCAAGUGCUCGUCGCCCAGCUGCGAAUCCCCCGCUCGCGCCCCGAGGCGGUGAAGCGAUUGAUCGCGAGGAGCCAGGAGGAGAGGAGCAAGAAGCUCUUGAUCCGGGCGGGGCUAGCGCCAGUGCUGGUAUCGUCCUUCUCGGAGGAUCAAGGCCAAGAGCAAGACGAGGAAGACUCGCAAGCCCAGAUCCUCUCCCUCCUCCCGCCGCUCAUCGCGAAUCUCGACGAGCCCUCUCGCAAGGAGCUACUCUCCCCGCGCAAUCUCGCCGCCAUCGCCCGGCUCCUCCAGAGGGGCGAUCUCCACACGCGGGUCUCGGCGGCGGCGCUGAUCGAGGAGCUGUGCUGCGCGGACAAGGAGGCGCGCGGCGCGGUCGGCGCCACCGCGGGGAUCUUCGAGGGAUUGGUGCGCCUGGUGGGUGAAGAUCACUCCCAGCGGCGCCACCGCCCAGCGAUCCGGGGGAGCCUCCGCGCGGUGCUGGCGGUGUGCCCGCCGCUCAAGAACAGGGUCCGGCUGGUGGAGACGGGCGUGGUGGCGCCGCUGGCGGAGCUUCUCGUGGAGGCGGACAAGGUGACCACCGAGGCGAUCCUGGCGGCGCUGGAAUGCCUGUGUGGCUGCGCCGAGGGGCGUGCGGCGGUGGCGCGGCACGCGCUGGCGGUCCCGGCGGUGGCGCGGAAGCUGUUCAAGGUGUCGGAUAUGGCGACCGAGUACGCGAUCGAUGUGCUGUGGGCGGUUUGCAAGUAUUGCCCGGAUGAGAUCGUCAAGAGGAGGAUGGUGGAGGUGGGUUUGUUCCCCAAGCUCUUCUUCUUCCUCCAGAUAGGGUGUAAUCCAAGGACCAAGCACAAGGCCGGGGAUCUGCUCAAGCUUCUUCACAGGGCUUACAGGGAAUGCAUCGAUGGGAGUGGCAGCAACAACGAUGGCGCUGGCGGUGAUAGCGGCAAGAACAGGAACAAGGAAGACAACACUUGCCUCCUCACAGCUGCCGCGUGAUCUUCUUCCUCUCUUUUGCUCGAUUCGAUUGCAGGAGUUUGCGAAGAUCAAAGUUUUGGGGGGCCGUGGUUUUUUACUUUUGAUCUUCAUGGGCUCGAAGAACACAAGAGGAAGGUCGAUUGUGGCUGGAGCUGUGUACAUAGGUGGGGGGAUCACAUUGUUUGUGAUUGCAAGGAGCUUCAAAAAAUUUUGGUGAUGGAGCAGGUUUUCUGGAUGGGAUUCCUGUGCUUUCUUUUUCUCCUUUGUAUAAAAAGAGGAUGGUGAACAAGAUUUUUCAGUGGGCUGGCGGUGCCCUUUGAGAACGUAUGAAUCAAUCAAUCAAUCAUUCACAAGCAA